UAACCGAAUCCGGUUCCAUCCGCCGCCAGGGCUGAGGGUAUGGGGCCUCGGAGUGGGGCCCAGGGAGGUGGCCAAGACCGGAUAACGUGGCUGUGGGGCUCCCGUGGGACGCGGGGAAAAAGGACCGUGAUUUUAUAUUCGGUAAACGUCCCCAAAACCCGCAGGACUUACUGCAAGAAAUGUGGCAAGCAUCAGCCCCAUAAAGUCACCCAAUACAAGAAGGGUAAAGAGUCUUUGUAUGCGCAAGGAAAGCGGAGAUACGACCGUAAACGCAGUGGCUAUGGAGGUCAGACAAAACCCAUCUUCCGCAAGAAGGCAAAGACCACAAAGAAGAUUGUGCUGAGACUGGAGUGCGUGGAGCCCAACUGUAGGUCGAAGAGGAUGCUGGCCAUUAAGAGGUGCAAGCACUUCGAGUUAGGAGGAGACAAGAAGAGAAAGGGGCAGGUCAUCCAGUUCUAAAUAUUCUUUGAUAUGGAACCCAUUAAAAUUCUGUCAGAAUACAA